CAGAAACCGCGAAGAAGAAGAAGAAGAAGAAAAAGAAGAAGAAGGAGGAGGAGAAAAGGCGACGACCAACCGUUGUGCACCGCAGUUAACACAAAGCCGCCAACGUCCAAGUCCGCCUAAGGCUGCCUUGCGCACUUAGCAUAACACUCGGUAGUAGUUUGGCUUUUUAUUAUUUGACUUUCUUUUUUUAAAGCAUCUCGUUGGCUCUUUGGAGCUCGAGUAUCCCGCUAGCAACGUUAGCUGGAAUACUCGCUAGCUAGCGUUAGCAAAGAAACUAGCGAUAACGGCUGGCACGUUUAUCGCCAUUUUGCGCAUUUCAACGGCACAGGAGCAAGGUGUUGUAUCGCUCAGCAUGGCGGAGGCAGACCGACCGGGAAAGCUCUUCAUCGGUGGACUGAACACCGAGACCACCGAGAAGGCCCUUGAGCAGUAUUUCAGCAAAUACGGCAGGAUUGUUGAAGUUAUUUUGAUGAAAGACCGUGAAACCAACAAAUCGAGAGGCUUUGCCUUUGUUACUUUUGAAAGUCCUGCUGAUGCAAAGGAUGCUGCACGAGAGAUGAAUGGAAAGUCUCUUGAUGGAAAGCCUAUCAAAGUGGAGCAGGCAACAAAGCCUCAGUUUGAGACUGCCGGGAGACGAGGACCUCCAUUAAUGCACUCCCGCAGUCGUGGACCACCCAGAGGACCCCGUGGUUCCAGAGGAGGUCCAGGUGGCAUGAGAGGCCCACCAUCGAGAGACUACUAUGAUUCAGAUCCAGAACCCUUCUUCAAAGGGAUGUCAUCCAGGGGUCCCCCUCCGUUGAAGCGAGGCCCUCCGGUUCGUAACGGAGGUCCCCCCCCGAAGAGGUCCGCCCCCUCUGGUCCCAUGAGCAGAACCCCCAUGUCGCGGGACAGAGAUCCCUAUGGUCCACCCCCUCCUCGCAGGGACUCGUUGUCAAGGAGAGAUGAUUAUCCUUCACCAAGAGAUGACCAUUACAACUCCAAAGAUAGCUACUCCAGUCGGGAUUAUAAUUCCAGAGAUUCGAGGGACUAUGGACCUCCCCAAAGAGAUUAUUCAUACAGAGAAUACUCCAAUUCAAGUUCCCGUGAUGACUAUGGCUCAAUGUCGAGGGGAUACAGUGACCGGGAUGGUUAUGGUGGAGGCCGGGAACCUAGAAGCUACGUGGACCGAUCAAGCGGUGGCUCUUACAGAGACUCCUAUGACGGUUACGGUAACUCUCGCAGCGCCCCUCCUUCACGGGGCCCCCCACCAUCCUAUGGUGGGAGUGGUGGAAGCAGUCGUUACGAUGACUAUGGCAGCAGCUCCCGGGAUGGCUAUGGCAGUCGUGACAGUUACCCCAGCAGUCGGAGCGACCCAUACCCACCUAGCCGUGGCGAGCGAAUGGGCAGGCAGGAGAGGGGCCCGGCUCCCCCUGUCGAGAGAGGCUACCCUCCUCGCGAUUCGUACAGCGGCUCAAGUCGCGGAGGGCCGCGUGGCGGGCGCGGCGGCAAUCGGCCCGAUAGAGGGAUGGCUCGCAGCAGAUACUGAACUGGACUUUGGGGAAAACACGAUGAAGCAAACCCUCUCGUCUCGGUGCACGGCUAACGAGUGUUGUGGAAGAGAUCUGACCACCAGACAAGUUAGCCAUGUCUAAAUCUGUGGAAAGUUAAGCUUAGCUCUGACCUGUAUCCUGACUUCUCCAGUUUUUUUUUUUAUGUGUAAAGGUAAUUUUUUUAUUUUUUUUUAAGUAUUACUCUUGGUCGUGUAACCGUACAGUUACCAAGUGAGUGUUAGUUUUUGUAAAUUCAGUGCUGUUGGAAUCUGCAAUGCCCUUUCAGUCUGGCUUUCCUACUCUAAUAAAGCUUUUAGUUGUACCUUGACCACUGCCCCAUCGAUUUUCAAAAGAGGACCAAAGGCCGAGACUUGAAUGUAAAGUUGCAACAUGACCUUAUUUACAUUGCUCUCUGCAGAGCAUAGGUGAGUCUCUGCCCACCUAUUCAAAGUUCGGUGACUUUAGUUCCUACCUGACACAAAUGUGCCACCGACUGGACGCUACUGUUUUCAAGGGUUAGGCAAAUGUUACUGUCGAAAUGUUCCAAUGUAGUUUCCUUGGAAAAGGAUCCGUCACCCUAGAGCCACUCGAUGGCAUGCAACGACAAAACCAAAGGCAACAGCAACAACCAAAUGCAGCUCGACUGGUAGUCAACAGCUGGUAAGCAAAGCAAACCUCUUUGUUUCUCAUCUGUAAAUGAGUUUCUCUUUGUCCUGUGUUGCGAUCUCCCCACAAAGAGCGGUACUCAAGACAACCGACGCCUUGGACGACCGAAACAAAGGUCACCUGAAUAUACUUUUUCCAUUAGUCUGUUUCACCAGCUAACAUUGUCAAAAGUGCAGCAACAGCCCAAGAAGUUUUGUCCCGUUUCAGCAAUGAAAGUUUAACCACCAUUUUGCCUGCUGUGCCCUCACAAUGACCCUUUUUAACCAACCGUGGAGCUCAGUAAGAUUGUCGACAGUGCAUUUUAAACUCCUUAGAGGGAGAUGACCCGAGUAUUCAUAAGGACCCUCUGUGAAAAUGUAAAGCUGUUUUUUUUAAUUUUUUUUUUUUAAAUUCUUUAAAAGCCAUUUUCUCAGUACCUUUUCCCACGAGCAUGUGAAUCGAAACAACGGAGACUUCUGGAUGAACAACGACGUCCUAACUCGCAAACUGGAAUCAAUCGCAGAAGCAAAUUCAGUCGGACAAAGGCCACAAAAAUAAUUGCCAGAUGUUUUAUGAAUACAUGAUUAAGAGAAGGGCCACGUGUUAAUUGUAUGUUCUCGUUGCAGGAUGAGUACCCACCCUUCCAAGGCAACUGCCCUUGCAACUUAACCGAAUUCUCUCCUCGAUGUUGGACCAAUUAGACCUCAGUGCACCUGUCUGGUAGCCAGAAACGCGUUUCUGUCGAGAGCGCUGGUGGAAUCGGGGCUUCAAGUGAGGACUGCGUGUUGACAGUGGGACGGACACAAGACCAGGAUUUGAUCAAAUGAAAGUGUUUCAUGGUGUUUUUAAUAAAGCCUAUAAAGAAC